CCGUAUGCCAAUCAAGCAAAUUGUAUAGACAAGUUACACGACACGCAAUCUACACAAUCAACAUCCGCCAGCAUGGGCACAGAGUCCUCCGACCAGAAGCAUCCCCAGUUCGGCCAUCUCCCCCUGGCAACAUCGGGACCACAGGAAUGCGCACUCACCGGCAACGCCCUGCUGCGCAACCCAUACUUCAACAAAGGCUCCGCCUUCACGGCCGAGGAACGCGAGACGUUCAAGCUCCACGGUCUGCUCCCGUCGAAUGUGCAGACGCUCGAGGAGCAGGUCGAGCGCGCGUACAAGCAGUACUGCAGCCGCCAGGAUGAUCUGGCGAAGAAUACGUUCAUGACUAGCAUGAAGGAGCAGAACGAGGUGCUUUACUACCGGCUCAUCCAAGAUCAUCUCAAGGAGAUGUUCCCGGUCAUCUACACGCCCACCGAGGGCGAGGCGAUUGCCAAUUACUCGCGCUUGUUCCGCCGACCGGAGGGCUGCUUUCUGAACAUCUACGACAUGGACCGUAUAGACGACAAUCUCGCACAGUGGGGUGCCCCUGACGAUAUCGAUCUUAUUGUGGUAUCGGACGGAGAACAGAUCCUCGGCAUCGGCGACCAAGGCGUCGGCGGAAUCCUCAUCAGCAUCGCAAAGCUCGUCAUCUACACCCUCUGCGCCGGCAUCCACCCCACACGCACCCUCCCCGUCGUCCUCGACGCCGGCACAAACAACAAAGCCUUCCUCCAAGACCCCCUCUACCUCGGCCUCCCCAAACCGCGCGCCCCAACCCAACAAUACAACACCUUCAUCGACACCUUCAUCCGCUCCGCCCGCACCCACCACCCAAACGCCUACAUCCACUUCGAAGACUUCGGCCUCGCAAACGCCCGCACAAUCCUAGACAAAUACACCCCCCACAUCGCCUGCUUCAACGACGACAUCCAAGGCACCGGCUGCGUCACCCUCGCCGCCCUCACCGCCGCCCUGCACAUCACCCGCACCCCCUGGGCCCACCUACGCGUCCUCGUCUACGGCGCCGGCACAGCAGGCACCGGCAUCGCAGACCAGAUCCGCGACGCGAUAGCCGUGGAGACGGGGCGCGAGGCCAGCGACGCCGCCGCGCAGAUCUGGUGCGUGGACAAGCACGGGCUUCUCCUCCGCUCCGACGGCGAGCGGCUGACCUCCGCACAAGCAAGCUACGCCCGCCGCGACGAGGACUGGACACACACACCCCACACCGACCUCCUCAGCAUCGUCCACGCCGUCAAACCGCACGUCCUCAUCGGCACGUCCACCCAGCCCGGCGCAUUCACCGAGGCCGUCAUCCGCGGCAUGACCUCGCACGUGCCGCGCCCCGUGAUCUUCCCGCUCAGCAACCCCACACGACUGCACGAGGCGCAGCCAAGCGACAUUUUCAAAUGGACGGGUGGCAAAGCGCUGAUCGCCACCGGCAGCCCGUUCCCACCCGUCGAGCACGACGGCGAGACGUACGAGGUCGCGGAGUGUAAUAACUCGGUGUGUUUCCCGGGGAUCGGGCUCGGGGCGGUGCUGUGUCGGACGAGGCUGCUUUCGCCGGCGUUGUUGGUUGCGGCGACGAGGGCGCUUGCGGCGCAGGCGCCUGCGCUGAGGGAUCCGAGGAGGGGGCUUGUGCCUGAUGUUACGGAGGUGAGGGAGGUGAGUGUUAGGGUUGCGGCGGCGGUGAUUAGGGAGGCGGGUAGGGAGGGACUGAGUCGGGUGGGGGGGAUUCCGGAGGGGGAGGCGGAGUUGGAGGGGUGGAUUCGGGAGCAGAUGUGGGAGGCUCGGUAUCGGGGUUUGGAGCUGGUUGGGCGGGAGAGGGCGAGUAGGGUUGCGAGGGGGGAGGCUGGGGCGACGGGGAGUCGGUUGGCGAGGGAGUAG